GUAAGUGUCAGUGAUGUUAGUACUCGUGUUAUCGUAGAACAUAGCGAAGGAUCAUCAUGGAUCGUCUUAUCUCGAAAUGCUAAUAACUGACAUUUGCAAUAUUUCGUUCGCGCAUCGUGUCGUGGAGAUUAUUUGAAUAUUUGAAAGCAGAGACAAAACUAACCACGCGAAAAUAGUUUUCGAAGACGUUCGAAGACUAGGGAAAAAGUGGAAGCAGAAAGAUUGACGGCGAGUGGCGCGAAUCGCCGGCUGAAAGGUUCAAUCGCUGAGCCAUGGCCAAUGGCCGCCGCGAAUGUGUGUCUCGUGUCGGCUCCUCGGUGGCCGUUGUGAUCGAUGAAUUACUACGUGUUUGCGAAGUGUGCUAACUCGCUCGAUCAGCUCGAUCACGCGUAGUUGUUACUCGCGACCGACAGAACAAUAUGUCGAGCCGGCAGUCGAAAAAAGAAAAGGAUGCUACGAAGAUUGGCAAGGACAAGGGAAAGAACGGCAAGGAUGGCGAGACAGGUGACGAGACCAACAAGGUAGCAGGAGGACCACCCACGACCAAUGCACCCCCACCGCCAACGUUGAUCAACAAGAUCAAAUAUCAGCCUGGCGGUCCUGUGAUAAAAAAGGACAAGCGGCAAAGUAGUUCAAGAUUCAACAUUUCGAAAAAUCGAGAGCUUCAAAAGUUGCCGCUUUUGUCCGAAGCGCAACAGGGGAACGAAAGGGAGGAACUUUUUAUACAGAAGCUGCGGCAAUGCUGUGUACUUUUCGAUUUUGAGUCUGAUCCACUGUCGGACUUAAAAUGGAAGGAAGUGAAGCGCACCGCACUACACGAGAUGGUUGAGUACGUUACCAAGAACAAAAACGUUAUAACCGAAGCGAUAUACCCUGAAGCUGUGAAUAUGUUUGCAGUGAAUCUAUUUCGUACGCUUCCACCGUCAUCGAAUCCAAACGGCGCCGAGUUCGACCCGGAAGAGGACGAGCCAACCUUGGAAGCUGCCUGGCCUCACUUGCAAUUGGUUUACGAAUUCUUUCUUCGGCUGUUGGAGUCCCCGGAUCUUCAACCGAUAGUCGCGAGACAUUACUUAGACCAGAAGUUCGUGUUGCAGCUUCUGGAACUGUUCGAUUCCGAGGAUCCACGCGAAAGGGAUUUCCUCAAGACAACGCUUCAUAGGAUUUAUGGAAAGUUUUUAGGGCUUAGAGCGUACAUCAGGAAACAAAUAAACAACAUUUUUUAUCGAUUUAUAUACGAGACAGAGCACCAUAACGGCAUCGCUGAACUCCUGGAGAUUUUGGGAAGUAUAAUCAACGGAUUCGCUUUACCACUGAAGGAGGAACACAAAAUAUUUCUAUUAAAGGUGCUUUCACCUUUGCAUAAAGCCAAAUCGUUGUCCGUCUAUCAUCCGCAGUUAGCGUACUGCGUCGUGCAAUUUCUAGAGAAAGAUCCGUCGCUGACUGAACCGGUUCUUAGAAGUUUAUUGAAAUUCUGGCCAAAAACACAUUCCCCGAAAGAAGUGAUGUUCUUAAACGAGCUCGAAGAAAUUCUGGACGUGAUCGAGCCCGCCGAGUUUCAGAAAGUUAUGGACCCUCUGUUUAGGCAAUUAGCGAAAUGCGUUUCAUCGCCACAUUUUCAGGUGGCUGAACGAGCUCUCUAUUACUGGAACAACGAAUACAUAAUGUCCCUGGUAUCGGAUAACUAUUUGGUGAUUCUGCCCAUCGUGUAUCCAGCGUUUUACGAGAAUUCGCGAAAUCAUUGGAACAAGACUAUUCACGGAUUGAUUUACAAUGCGCUGAAGCUCUUCAUGGAGAUGAAUCAAAAAGUAUUCGACGAGUACACAAAACAGUAUUUACAGAAUUGUCAAAGAGAGAGGAAGCUCAUGAAAGAGAGAGACGAAGCAUGGAUGCGAGUAGAAGCUUUAGCGAUGAGACAUCCGUGUUAUGCCAUGACCGUUCAGGGUUUAACGAAUACUAAUGCGACUAGCACGAUAUCGCAACAACAAUUAAACAGCCCUUCACCUGACGAAGAUGGUGAUGUGGAUCCAAUGCCGCUCACUUUGGAGAAGAUAGAGGCAAAGGCAAACGAGGCAAAGAAGAUGACCAUCUCCAAUAAAACCAAGCCACUUUUGCGAAGGAAAAGUGACUUACCUCAAGACACGCACACAAUGCGGGCAUUGUCCGACCAUAAACGCGCGGAUGAGUACCUCGUCACGCCACCGGACCCCAAUAAUUGCUAGUCUCUACCGCAAUCUCUUCCCAUGUAUCCUCUCUUCUGCUGCAGUGAUAUCGGGAGUUAGGUUUUUUCGAGGAAAAACAAACACAUCGACGAUCUCGAUCGAAUUCGAUCGAUCGUCCAACAGAGAGUUUUAUCAUAUAGAGGCCACAAUGUCGUAAUCCCCCUUAUAUCAAAACUGUCGAGAUGUAUGUAAUAUUGUCUCUUUUCUUUACGGUAACGAAAAAAAAAGAAAUGAAAGAAAAGCUUUCUCUCGUCGCACCCAGCACUUCCGGAAAAAAAAUAACUGAUAACUCCCUAUAUACUCAUCGAGUUGAUUUACAUAAGGUAUCCGCGAGAAUUAUGCAAAUAUUACGUACUCGCUGUUAAAAACCAUGAAACGUGAAAAAAACCUAGCGAAUAAGGGUCCUAAGUAUGUAUGCAUAUACAGAGUAUUUUAUAAACUAUAGAUUUCUUGGGUAUAUGAGGUGGUCUGUCGCUGAAAGUGAGACUAUUUCCAAAAACACGCCUUCGUUUUCUAAAUUCAAUUUUUGAAUUUCCGACGGUGCACUUCGCUGUGUUAGUUCGUAAAAGAUAAAAGCGAUUCUGCAUAUAUGAUCGAUGGGUACAGUCUGAACUUUGAUUCUAUGCGAAUCCGUUUGUAAGUAAUAGUUUUAGGUUAUGUGCUUUUAGCGAUGGAUUGUCCUCAGAUUAUAGAAAUUUAUACUUUAUGGAACGCCCUAUAUACUCUAAAUAAACAAAUUUUAUACGAAUGCGAAAGAGGUCAGAAAAGAAUGGACGCUUGCUUGAUGUUGUAAUAAUAAUAAUAAUAAUAAUAAUAUUAAUAAUAAUAAAACAAAAGAAUUUUAGUAUGCAAGUUCGAGGCGCUACUCUUCUGAGCGAGUUUCCACUGAUGUGCAACAAAAAUAUAAAACGACAGACAUUAAGUAACAAGUGAUAUAUAGUUGCUUCAAACGCUACCAGCUCAUAAUUUAGCGGCAAAAAGAGCAGAGAAAAAAAAAAUACAGAAAAAUGGAAAAAAGACAGAAAUGAAACGUCGUUUUUAGCGUUAGAUGAACGUGAUAGCACUAUUUUAGAAUAUCGAUUGUUAUGAAUCUGAAUAUUCCUGAACGUACUACUUUUAUAUCUGUCGUGCCUAGAUGCCUGUGGAACGCAUUCGCAAGAAUCGCCUCUGCCAGAGGCCUAUAAUUAAGAAUCGUUAACAAAAAAAAAAAAUAAAAUAAACAGAAAGCAACGAGUUAUACGUGACGUUUUACCAAACGGUAUAAUUGACAUCACGAAUUUUUUCUGGGAACGCUUGCAUGAACGUUGCGUCGUUGCCUCGUCAGUUUUGUGGUUAAUCGAAGGAGAGAAAAAAAAGAAACGUUAUAAUACUGUUUUGUCGCCGACAAAAAAAGGAAGAGGGGAAAAAAGCGAGAAAAAAAAACGAAGAAUAGUAUACAAAUGAAGUUUAAAAAAAAGAAAACGCGAAUCUAAGUAAAAACUACCUUUAGUCUUUUGCGCUGCUGGCAGGCUGUUAUGUUAAUCAUUGUGUAAGAGAUGAACUUGUUGAGAAUAGAUAAACAGUUAGCACUUAUUAUUAAAUAACAGAAAUUAAAACCAAAUGAGAUAAAUAUAAAAAAAAUUAUUUACUAUUUAAUCGUCCCUUCGGAAGAAGAAUGGCUGUUUUUGUUACGAAAAACCAUUGAUAAUAUGAGCAUUCUUGACGAUAAUAAUUUUUAUUAUCAAGCGCGGUAUAAUCUCGAUGACGCUCGUUAAUCGGAACAACUGUAUUUAAACAAUUUUCGUACGAAAGAGUAUUAGUGUACAUUAAGUAAGGAGCAUUCGAUAAUAAAAAUAUUUUUAGUACAAUUUUUCAUUCGAUUAAGUUACCAUCGUCAAUAAAAGAAAAAUUUGUUGUUUUCAUUGCUGUAACUUUAACUGGGUUAGACGUGGAUCAUCGGGAUUACAUUGCAUCCUUCGAUCGUUGAAGUCAAUCGAAAAUGAAACACAUAGAUAAUAAUGUUCGAGAAAAGCGUCUCUCUAAUAAUGCAUGUUUCGAGGUAUCGUCUCUUACUACGUCUAUUCUUUCACACGUAUCAUGUAAGAUAUAUUUUUGGAGUUUGUAAAUUACACACGAUAGUUGGGGGAACACUAUUAAACUUCGCGCUUGAAACUUCUGAAGACGAUUACGCUGGCUUACCGCUGGACGAUUAUUAUCUUCAGAUUUUCGUUUCUGCACCACGCCAGGCUUAAAUUUUUAAACAAAAAAAUAGAUAACGAGAAUUUGCUUUAGUUCGGUGUAUGUGAUUUCCUUGUAACACGUAUAGGUUACCUCGAGUGAAUUUCAUCAUACGUUUUAAUCGAUGUUUUGUACGUUUUUUAUGACGACAGGAGAAAAUCAACCAACAACCGAGUACUUUUUAAGUGAAAUCCAAACGAUAAAACCAAUGAAUGCGUUUUAUGUAAGGGGGAGCAAGGAUUUUCAUAGAAAAAAAGAAUCACUUAGGCAGCUUGAAUUUCGUAGAAGUAUUUCUCUCUAUCUAUCUAUCUCUAUCUCUCUGUUCUUCCUUACGUAAAAUUCACGAAUCGUUCGAGAAAUCCCAAGUUCAUUAGAAGAGGGGAAGUGUUAAUAAGAAAUGUUGUUCACGUGUACAGUUAAACUCGCUUCAAACCUAGGAAUAUCAAUUGCGAAGAACACAUACAGAGCUGUAUAUCAACGUUCGAUUACAGAAAUUUUUUUAAAUGAUCGUCUGUCAGAUCGAUUCGAUUCCAUGCAUGCAUAUAUUCCAUUACAAUUUGUUGGAAGCAUAAUUUUAUAAUAAAUAAAUAAUUAUAACGAACGGAGAAA